UUAAAAAUUUUAAUUGUAUGCUAAUUAAUACUGCAGUCUUCUUGUGUGGAAUAUUUGAUAAUGAUGAAUGACAAUUUAUCAUCACUUUUCCCACUAGCUCAAUUGGAUAUUGGUGGUAUACAUCUUGAUUCUCAUUACUUAUGUGCCAUUAUAUCCACCGUUGUUAUCCUUCCAACAGUUUGGCUGAGAAACCUCAGUUACUCUCCUAUAUUACAGGUUCUAAUUUCUAUAUCCUUCAGUAAUUUUCCUUUUUUACCCCUGACUGAGAUAAAGGGACUAAUUCCAGAGGUUUUUUUGAGCAACUUUUGGAGUUGUAACAUUGGCAACUGUGAUUCUAUUUUGGUGUUCUUCACACUACUUGUAGCUUUAAUAGUUCCAUAUUUUGGUAACGGACUGUUUUUAUUAAAACUAAAUUACAUUUUUCGUCCUUGAUUAAAGUUGUUUCUUUUUUUUAUGUAGUUUUAUGUCUUACUUGAGGUUUCUUGUAACAUUUUCGGUCCCUGUACCAAGUAAAUGACUACUUUUGGUCCCAAAAAUUUAGUCAUUUUAGUUGGAACAUAAACUAAAAACCUCAAAAUAAGGACCAAAACUACAAAAGAAAACAUGUUGGGACUAGAAUUGAAAAAAAAAUCAGCUAUACAUAAGAACCAAAAUGUAAUUUAUAUACUUCUUUUUAUACAAACAACACUUAAUAUUAAUUGUGAAUUGGUAAUCUUGAACUCAUUUACAGGAGUUGUAAUGGCCUUGACCGGAUUUGUACUCAUGAUGCUUGUAGUGUGUAAUGGCACAAACAAUCAAACUAAUUUGGUCAGUUUCAGAAGGUCACUAAUUAACAUGCAUGCAUCCAAUUUGUUUUGUUAGGACAAGUAAUAAAUAUAUUGUUCUUGCAGUGGGAAUUCUAUUGUUGCUGAGCUACAUGGUGAAGUUGGGUGGCCAGCAUCUUCUAGCUAUGGUGAACCAAAAUACACUCAAGGAGAAAACAUCUAGUGGUAUGCAGGGUGUAAACAACGAAUGGUGCACACUUCUUCACCUUCUUGGUUGUUGUCUUCUUUCACAAGCACAUCUUCAAUCAUCAUGGGGUUCUACUGAAAAGAAAGUUAAUGAAGCCAUUUCUUGCUUUUUUUUAGGUUAAUUCGUUCGGAAUCUAACACAGCUGGAAGAAGGUUGUGGAUACUUUCAUUUGGACUUGGUUAUACAAAUAGGUUAUAUAGUUAGGGAAAACCUCUUAAUAGCAAUGUACAAUUAGGUCCCCUUAAUACCAAUGUAUUACAAUGUAUUGUAUUUUUGUAUGACAUUAAAUUUUAUGUAA